UUUUGCUAUCCCAGUGGUAGUCCCAGUUACUUUUGGUGACGAUGGUAAAUACAUAUAGCGCGUGGUCAUUCAAGCAGUUGGAUAGCGAAACUGUGCUGGUCAGUCAGCCCCAUUGAGCUAUUUCAGCCCCAAUUUAUGUUAAAAAAUAAUAGUUAAAAAUUGCUUAUAAUGCCUAAAAAGAAAACAGGCCAAAGGAAAAAAGCCGAAAAACAACGUCUAAGACAAAAGGAAAUCCGAACAGCGAAGGAGCACGUCCAGCUGGCUCAGCAUCCUUGCAAUGCUUCCAUGGAAUGUGAAAAAUGCCACAGAAAGCAGAAAAGUCGCGCUUUCUGCUACUUCUGCCAGAGCGUGCAGCGCUUACCGAUUUGCGCGCAGUGCGGCAAAAUGAAGUGCAUGCUGAAAACUGGCGAUUGCGUGGUGCGACACGCCGGAGUUUUCACCACCGGGAUGGGCAUGGUGGGCGCGAUUUGCGAUUUUUGCGAAGCAUGGGUCUGCCACGGACGGAAAUGCUUGCAAUCGCACGCUUGCACCUGUCCGCUUCAAGAAGCCGGCUGCAUCGAAUGCGAAAGAGGAGUUUGGGAACACGGAGGUCGCAUUUUCAAGUGCUCAUUUUGCGACGGUUAUCUGUGCGAAGACGAUCAGUUUGAACAUCAAGCUUCCUGCCAAGUAUUGGAAUCAGAAAACUACAAGUGCCAAUCGUGCAACAAACUAGGCCAAUACUCUUGCUUGAGAUGCAAAACUUGCUACUGUGAGGAUCACGUCAAAAGGAAAGGUUUCAAGUACGAUAAAAACAAGGCCAUACCUUGUCCUAAGUGCAACUAUGAUACUUCUCAAACUAAGGAUCUUAGUAUGUCUACGAGAAGUCACAAAUUCGGUAGACAAGGCCAAGCUACCUACAAUGAUUAUGAAGCUGGGGGUGACGAUGAUGAAGCUGGCUACAGCUAUGGAGGCUAUGGUGCCUCAGCUAAUUAUGAAGAUAAUUAUUCAGAUGAUGAGGAAGAUGAGGAUUCAGAUGAAGAUGAUGAAACUGGAAGUGAAGAGGAAUCUGAUGAUAGUCAAGAGAGUGAAGAUAAGAAAAAAUAAUUAUAUUGCAUUCAAAUAAAUUACAGCCAAAAUUAUUUUUAUUUUCUAAUUAAUCAGUCGUCCGGAAAUAUAAUCCUUUCUGCUUCAUCAUCAUCAUCAUCAGUUCCUAAUCUUAUGUCAAUUCCAGCAGGUGCAAUAGUAGUAGUUGGUAUUAAAGGCGUUUGCGGCAAAUUAGGUUUGAUAAACUCUGCACUGGUACUUGCUCUAGGGUCAAUGCUGGGAGCAACUGUUGUAGGUGGUACUGGAGGGCGUGGUCUGCGGCGGUUGCCAAAUGGAAAACAGUCUGGGUGGUGAUGAUGGAACCCCCACAGGCCUUGAUGAAAACCUAAAAUAUCUAAUCUGUAUUGACUGAGUUUUGCUUGGCUUGUUUCGCUCACCAUGUUUAUGAAUUAAGUUAUUCUCUGCAUUAUUGUUUUCGAGCCACGGUACAGCAAAUUUACCAUUUUUGUUGAAAUCUUCAUUGUUGGGUUGAUAAUAAUCGAAUACUUCUUGGGGAGAGCGGAAUUUAUAUUGACUUUGGUAGAACGGUUCAUAAUUUGGUGGUUUGAGUAAAAUGUUGUUACUUGCUGAAAUGUCAUGGACGUCAUCAUUUGAUGAUGCUAGUAAACUGGUCA